UGCGAUCGCCCCAAUCGUUCUGCAAACAGGCUAUUCCAUGCUAUCGGAGAAUGAUAAUAUCUCUAUCCACACCUUCUCAACCACGUCUCUGAAUACGAUUCUCCGCCUGGUUUGAAAACCAUCGCACCGCACCGCACCGCACCCCACCAAGCCGCUGUCCCACAAUCCCUACGUCUACAUCUACAUUCCUUGACUUGAAUUUCCUCUUCGCAUCGCCCCGAUAUCGAAUAAAAGAAUCUAUAAAUACGUGCCGCGCAUAACAACAACCACAAUGGAGCGCCUCUCGAUCCACGACCCCCCACCUGCUGGUGCGCAACAGUCGCAACAACAACAACAACCCCAACAGCAACAACAGAACCUCGGACCAGCCUCGAUGGUCACACAAGGGCCGCCUCAAUUACCGCCGCAGAUGUUUACGACUGCUGCUCAGUUGCUGGAUUUGACGGAUAAGAAGUUGGUUUUGGUCCUGCGUGAUGGAAGGAAAUUGUUUGGUGUAUUGAGGAGUUGGGAUCAGUUUGCAAACCUCGUCCUUCAAGAUACUGUCGAACGACUUUACGCCGGAAGCCUUUACGCCGAUAUUCCUCGGGGGAUCUUCAUUAUUCGGGGAGAGAAUGUCUUGCUGCUUGGGGAAAUUGACCUAGACAGGGAAGACGAUGUCCCCCCGAGUGUUCAAAGAGCGCCAUUCGAAGAAGUCUAUGCAUUGAAGAAAAAAGAGGACUCAGAACGGCAGACCGGCGACAAGAAACGACAUGGCAAUCUACAAAAACUGGGAUUUGAGGCUGAGCAUAGUGGAGAGACUCUUUUGUUUUAGUUUGUCAUUUCUUUACAUUUCGACAUGUCUUCUUCAGCAUUGCUUGGGUUGCUCUGGAGUUAUUGACUCGGGCCAUGGGUUACAACAGAGGGGAAGAAAAACCACGGAAGCGUCGCCUGCUGCGAACCAUUACGACAACACACUUGGUAAACGUCACGAGAAAAUGGUACACUGAUACAUGGCUUUAGUCCAUGUCUUGGGAGGAAUCAAAUGAGGCCAGAGGCCUUUUGACGAUUGUUAUGUCCAUUCUGAUGUCUUGACGAAUGUUCAUGAUAUGAGGAAUGAACACAUGCCUGGCAUCAGAUAUGACUGCUUGAACAUUCAUGAAUAUACCAAUUGAUUCUCUUCUACUGUUCUCACUGUGUUUGUAUGUAAUAGUUCUAUUCGUAGUGCUGCUAUCGAUAGCAAUGCCAAGAAAUGCGGCACCACCUAAAAAAAAAAAAAAAA